CUAUCAUUAACAAGUCAUGUCUUAUCCCCAGUUCUGAUAACAUUUUAUAUUAAAACAAACUACAUCAAAUGUCAAAUUCCCACGCUUUUUUGUUAGCAUAGGCGCUACUAGAGCGAUUUUUGCUAAGGCCAAGAUACAAAUUACCACGAUGAAAUUCGCAGCUCUUUUUCUCAUUAUAGUAGUUUUUCGGACUUACUCUGCAAAUACUGUGGAUGAAGUAAAUGAAUAUUUUGAUGAGGUUAUGUUACAACUUAUACAAGCGGUUGAAGAUGCUGGACUUAGUCUACAUGAAUUACCAAAUUUUACUCAUAAUAUGCAAAGCAGAUCACCUGAUGGUACCGUUGUUAACGCCAAAGUAUUAUAUCAUUCAGGUAACUUGACUGGCCUUGAUGGAGCAGUCAGGGAGAAUUGUCAGGCCCCUGUUUGGAGGUCUGGCAACAUAACAGCUCAGUGUCAAAUUAUUGUUGAGCAGAUUGAUAUUAAAUAUCAAGCGCAAUACCAAAAACUUACUGGACAUUCGAAUAAUGUACAUUAUCGUCAAGAUGAUUUCGGAGUAAUAGCUUACCUUGGGAACACAUAUGCAUCUAUUGAUAUCACUUCUUCACCACAUAUUAGGGUUCCAUCAUUGAAGAAUUUCCAAAUUACAAAAUUUGGAGAUCUUGAGAUUACAUAUACAUUAAAUGAUAAUAUUCCAUUUAAUCAAAUAAGCUCCCAUUUACACAACAAAUUACGAGAUAUGGUUUAUGAGUUAUUCGAUGGAAAGUACAAGGAAGCUAUCGGACUAGCAGUAGGGGCUGUACAAUUUCCAGAGGAAUAGUAAUUAUGAGUUGUCUUGUUUUGGAAUUAAAUUAAUAAAGUUUUUUGUUAUAGGACAGUUUGUGCUUAUUUUACUUCAAACCAUAAACAUUUUUACAUUGUGUUCCCUAAAGAUCACCCUUAAUGUGUUCUUAGAUUUCUUAUCAAAAAUUACACAACAAAUUACGAGAUAUUGUUCAUGAGUAAUUCGAUGGAAGGUACAAGAAAGCUAUUGGACUAGCAGUAGUGGCUGUACAAUUUGCAAGGGGGCAAUAGUUACGAAUUGCCCAGUUUUUGAAUUAAAUUAAUAAAGUUUUUUGUUAUAUUACA